CUUUCCACGUCCGCCAUUUUGACAUACGGUACUUUUCGAGAGUGUUGGUUUUAUGUUUUAUCGUUUCUCGUGAAAAUAAUCUUUUUUACUGAAACGUAAGUAACGUAAGUGGCUUAUACGGGCAACGUGACAUUAGGGGAAAGUCUCAAUACUCAAACAACGUUUUUAAAUAAUGGAACUUUGAGCGGGGAACCUUUGACGAUUUGCUGGGGAGUAGGUCGAAGGUGACAGACAACCGGGUGUACGAAGUGGCUUCGCAAACCGCACAAUAUCUUCCGCCUUGCUCGCAAUACUUCGGUAUUGGCGUUUUAGGUAGCCGAUCACGUUUUAAAAGUGAAUAGAUCACCAGCAAAACGCUCUAGAGUGAUCCUUAACGGUAUUUACAUAAUCAGCACUAGCCAUGGGGAAUAUGUUUGCAACAUUAUUCAAAGGCCUUUUUGGCAAAAAAGAAAUGAGGAUUUUAAUGGUAGGCCUUGAUGCAGCGGGUAAAACCACAAUUCUGUACAAAUUAAAAUUAGGGGAAAUUGUUACCACAAUUCCUACUAUAGGCUUCAAUGUAGAAACAGUUGAAUACAAGAAUAUAAGUUUUACUGUUUGGGACGUGGGUGGUCAAGACAAAAUCAGACCUCUUUGGCGACAUUACUUUCAAAAUACACAAGGACUGAUAUUUGUCGUCGAUAGUAAUGACAGGGAACGUAUCGGUGAAGCACGCGAAGAAUUGAUGAGAAUGUUAGCAGAAGAUGAACUUAGGGAUGCAGUACUCCUUAUAUUUGCUAACAAACAGGAUCUCCCAAAUGCAAUGAACGCAGCGGAAAUUACCGACAAGUUGGGGCUGCACUCUCUCCGCAAUCGCAAUUGGUACAUUCAAGCAACGUGUGCUACAAGUGGAGAUGGACUUUACGAGGGCCUCGAUUGGCUCUCUAAUCAGCUCAAAAAUGCCAAUCGCUAA